CAAAGGACCUAAAACUAUUUGAGAGAGGAGCUGAGGACAGAACCUCAGGGAGAACCACCACCAGCCUUGCCUGCUAUUUUACAGUCAGAUUUUGGCUUCUUGUUCUUGGUUUUCUUGACUAAACUUCCAACCGAAUCAGUUAUGUCAGGGGAGGAAAACAUUUUGUCCCACAACGAAGCCAUGCAGAAGGCAGGGGACCCCAAACGCUUUCCUCUAAUCCAAAUCAGAGGAGUUCCUCUCAGGAGCUUGAUUGCCAACAACUGGGACUCUAUCUGGGCUUUCCGUCCUGACCCCUCAGACCUCCUCAUCGCCACCUACCCCAAAGCAGGGACCACCUGGGUCCAAGAAAUAGUGGACCUGCUUCUUCACAAUGGAGAUGCUGAGGCCUGCAAACGAGCCCCCACACCUGAGCGCAGUCCUUUCCUAGAGAUCUGCUACCCACCACCCAUCCCCUCAGGUCUUGAUCGUCUGAAAAACAUGGAUCCUCCAAGAAUUAUCAAGACGCAUCUUCCUGUUCAGUUGGUGCCUCUUGGAUUUUGGGAAAACAAGUGCAAGACUAUCUACGUGGCACGCAAUGCCAAAGACAACAUGGUGAGCUACUACUACUUUGAUCUUAUGAAUAAGUACCAUCCUGAUCCAGGGCCCUGGGAGUGCUUCAUGCCCAAGUUCAUGCAAGGAGAGUUGUCAUGGGGCUCCUGGUAUGACCAUGUGAAAGGUUACUGGAUGGAGAGAGAGAAGAAGAAUAUCCUUUACCUCUUCUACGAGGACAUGAAAGAGAAUCUGCGACGUGAAGUGGAGCGCAUCAUGAGGUACCUGGACUUGUCAGUCUCCGAUGAGGUCAUCAGCCGGAUUGUGGAGCUCACGUCCUUUAAGAAUAUGAAGGAGAACCCGAUGACCAACUAUUCUUGCAUGCCAACACAUGUGUUUGAUCAGUCCGUCUCCCCCUUCAUGAGACAAGGUGAAGUAGGUGAUUGGAGAAACCAUUUCACAUCGGAUCAAUUAAAGACAUUUGAAGAAGACUAUGAAAAGCAAAUGAAGGAAGUCAACAUACCAUUCAGGAGUCUCAUCUAACAGAUUGGGUUUUUCAAACUGAUGCAGAAAGGAAAGACCGAUGAGUUGCUACUGUGCAGCGCUCAAAACAGAGGGAUACUGUCCAACUAUUUGAGAUGAGCUAUAUACCAAAACAAAACAUCAAUAAAUUUGCUUGAGCCUGGAUGAUGAACACUGUGAUCAUUGAGCCUCCUGAUAUGUAGAUACGUUUGAAGGGGCAAUAAAAAUGUGCUCGACAAUACAAAUCCAUUGGUCAUUUGAUGUCAUGAAACCACCAACAGAGUCUCCUGACUGUAUGAAGUCUAUAGAGAGUGCUCAGAGAAUGAGGUAACAACAGAGUUGUAAGUGCUAUAUCAUAGGCAACUGGACUUACUAGCGUUUCUUGAAGACAUUUCGCCUCUCAUCCAAGAAGCUUCUUCAGUUCUAAAUGCAGGGGUUCCCACCCACACAGGGUUUAUAGCCUGCAACUUCAUACCAGUCAUUUAGAACUGAAGAAACUUCUUGGAUGGGAGGCAAUACGUCUUCAAGAACACAAGCAAGUCUAGUUGCCUACGAUAUAGCACUUACAAUUACCAUGACCUGAAUGACUGAGAAUCUUCACCGACAAGUAACAAGAGAGCUGUCAAUAAGUUGUGGGCACCUUUCCUAAACUACCUUCCAAAUAGCACAGCAGACCUAGUAAGCAGGGGACAUAGCAUUGUAAACUGGCAUUCUUUGACUACCUGUCUGUCUGUUCUUGAAGUAUUUGAUGCUCUGAACUUGCUCCCCCUGACUUGUGCAAGAUAUCCAGGCUCUGAGAUCUCUAUAUCAUGCUUUCCUAUGUAAUGUAUAUGCCAACAUGCAAUGCUGCUUCUUUCUGUUUGUUUCUUUUUACAAAUCCCAUAAGGUCUGUGAUGUGCUCUUUUCUAUCUCUGCUGUCAUAUGUUUUUUUUUUUUUUGUUUUGUUUUUUGCUGUUGUUGUGUCAUGUUCUGUUAUUAAAACAACUGGGUGUAGACUGUUCUUCUUUAGAUGAGAUUAUAGCGCACUUGAGAGAAGCAGGGUAAAUACCAGUCUGCAGGGAGCUGUAAUUUUUUCUUCUAUGUUAUUUAUGAAGCAAUGGAAGACAGACUUAAACAAUUUGGUGGGGAUGGGAUCAAGAGACCAGGUGGGAGACUUUAGGUGCUGAAUUCCUCCAGAUCGUUGGAGUUGACAGGUGAGAAUGUAGACAUUUAGCUUAUGAUAGUGAAUUGGUGUAGGGGUGAAGCAGGGCUAGAUAUGAUGCUUCUCUGAAAGAAGACAGCAAAUUCAUCAGAUUUGGCAGUGGAGAGAAAGUCAAAAGGAGAAGAUUUGGAGGGAUUAAUCUGUUUGUCAGUCAAAGAGAACAGGAAUGAUGCAUUAUCCUGAUUCUGAUGUCAUGACCUUUUCUUCUCUUAGAGGUUACUUUUUAGAAACCAGGAAGUGAGACAAUGCCUAUAAGGAGCUUCUUCAGACAGAUUAAAUUUUGUUUUUGUAGAAAUCUGAUCUAGUUAAGAAAAAUCCAAGACACAACUUUAAAGAGCCAACAUUAUCAAUAAAUAAAUAAAUCAUGCAUUCAUACAUUACAUAAAAAGUACAUUAUUAAAAAAAGAAGAUUAUUAUAGUACAUUUUACAUCGGUAGUGUAGGUAUUGUUAGUUCAAGAUUUUAAAGUCUUUAAACACUUUUUUUCCCCAAUAUAUACAUUUGUGAAUUAUUUUCUGGGACCAGGAUAUUUUCUGGCAAAGGGCAAAUUUAGAAGUUAAAAGAAAUGAAAGCAUAUCAAAACAUUUUACAAAUCAUGUUACUUCCAUUUCUUAUUUAUAAAUUCUUUAAAAAAUAAAUGUUUGCCCACAAAAAAAGUUUAUUUAUUAAUAUAUAUCCAUUCACCUCUAGAAUGUAUUCAUUAUUCAACAGACAAUGCACAGAACUGUACAUAUUUCUUAUGUUCACUCUUAUUCUAUUCUUGUUUUUUCUACUGAUGUACAUCUCGGGGGUAAAUUUUUUCACACUUACAGCCUCAGCACAGUGACAAUAGGGCCUUUAUAUUAUAU